GGAUGCCUAAAAAUUGAGUACAAAAAGUAUUUCAUUGAGUGUAAAAACCGGGUUCCAAUUACAUUGUGUAUUUAUAUAAAUUUUAAAAUUAUAAAGGAAAAGUAAUUUAUAGGAGUUUUAUUUUAAUUUAGUUACAUAUUAUAUUUCGUGUUGAUCGUUGAAGAAAAAUUGCAGAAAACAGCCAUGGAAUUCCCUGCUCUAACUCAAGCUUUAGCUUCGAAAUCUUAUGAAAAAAUUGCCGACAUCUGUGACGAACUCAUGCUUCAGGUUGCCGCCGAGGGCACUAAUUUUCAAGACGACUGGUGUUACGCCAUCCAUCUUCUAGGUCACAUUUAUGUUAAUGAUAUUAACAGUGCGCGGUUCCUUUGGAAAUCAAUACCUGCUGGAAUCAAAGAGAGCCAGCCGGAAGUUGUUGGGGCGUGGUGUAUUGGGCAGAAGCUCUGGACGCGAGACUAUGCUGGUGUUUAUGAGGCUAUUCGUAGCUUUCAGUGGAGUCAAGAAGCGCAAGAUCUUGUUAAUUCAUUCUCAGGUAAGUUUUUUGUUUUAAUAAAAAUAUUUUCUUAA